AUGUGGACGAGAUCUAGUGGUGAUAUCGAAGUGGAUAGUAGAGGGAAGAGGAAAGCUCCGGAGGGAGACGACAAUGGUAGAGCGAAGAGACGAUCGGUGCAGAGCAACAAACCGAAGAACACUCUUCCGAGAGACGCAAAGGGUAGAUGGAUGAAACGAUCGGCGGUUCAGAGCAACGAAAAGAAGAAUGGGAAGAUCCUCAGAGGAAUCCGUGGCUGUGUAUCACCUCGAUGCUCUGCUUAUACUUACCGUUCCAGCUUCUCAUGGUUUGAGCAAGAUAUAUGGACAUACAUUUCAAGGUUUUUGGAUGGUAAAUCACUGGUGAUGCUUGGAGCCACAAACAAAUGGUUCAACAAUAUCGUAAUGGAGGAAUAUGUUUGGAGGUUUGCCUGCUUGCGUGAUCUUCAGAUCCCUCGGGCGUCUCCAGUUUCUUCCAGCUGGAUUAAGUUAUAUGCUUCAGCUUUUGAUGGGAGUCACUCUUACUUGUUCCAUCAGCAGGAAAAGCAUAUUGACUGGAUGCGCAUUGGUGCCUUUACUCUUGACUCUCGAAUGUCACUCUUGACUGAGAGUUUUAGUGGUCAACUGAGAGUUCCAAGGGAAGGAACCAUUGAUCAGAUGCUGCAAUCCAGUGGCUCAUGUGUUAUUAGAGACAUCAAAAGCGGUAUUUGGAUAGCAGAUUUACAGCUUGUUCGUUGCCCUGUUUGUGACCUCAGUACCUGUGAUGGAUCAAUGCAAACACUUGAUGCUAGGCACAUUGAACUGUUCCUUAAUGAAGGCUAUCAAGAUGGAAGCUGGGAAUACAAUCUUAUUGGAUCUCACAAGAUACAGAAAGAUGUACUUGCAGCUUGUGGAGCCAUAUUUGAUCUCAAACACCUAAAAGCAUCCUCAUCCACAGGUAUUCUCCAUCUCAAGUCUUGGAUCGGAGAGCCAGGUGAUUCCCGACCAAAAGCAGUUAUCGCACCUCACGCAGUCGCUGUUCACACAAGGUUGCAGGAAAACGAAGGAAUCCUUGUGAAGUAUCACACGAUGAAAGCAGGAACUGACGGAAACAGCCUUGACGUUUCCUUCCCUUUCUGGCUAUUCCCUAAGCAUUCUUCUUCCUGUGGCUACCCAAGAUUCAACCUCUAUUGCACCGAUCGUCAUGAGACAGCUUUAAACCUUCCAAACUCCGGACCAUUUCUUGUCCAAGAGAUAAAAUCGCAGCGUAUUCGUCUCAACGACCCUGAUAACUGCUUAGCUAGACGCCUUCUCAGUUUCAACGCUUCCGAAUCUCCGUUUUCUCCUCUUCACUUUGUCAACUACACUUUCUUGAUCUGUCCAAACCAAGACCUCAAAUCCUCUUCUUUGAAACCCAUCCAUUGCCUUGGUAAUUCCACGACCUCCUUUUUCGCCACACCUUUAGAACUAGUCGGUUCAAUUCCGCCCUCUUGUCAAGUUGAACCGACUAGCUCUAAAGGUGUGGCAUCCUUCAACUUGCCAAUUUGGCUACCCUUAAAGAUUUUCAUCUUCGUCUUCCUUCUCCUAAACGCCUCAGAAGCAAAUCGUUGCUAUAGUGCCUCAUGUGGAGUCAGAAACGUCGACGUUCGUUUCCCUUUCUGGCUAUUCCCCAAGCAACCCGAGUCAUGUGGCCACACAGGAUUCAACCUCCUAUGCACCGAACGCCACGACCACGAGACAGCCUUGAAACUUCCAAAUUCCGGACUAUUUCUCGUCCGAGAGAUCGACUAUGAAAAUCAGAGAAUUCGCCUCAACGACCCGAACAACUGCUUAGCCAGACGGCUCCUCAACUUUGACGCCUCGGAAUCUCCUUUUUCUCCUCUUUACCUUCUCAACUACACCUUCUUGACUUGUCCUAAAGAAGACGUCAAAUCUUCCCCUUAUGAACCCAUUCAUUGCCUUGGUAAUUCCACUACCAACUUCUUCGCCACUCGAAUUCAUCUUGUGAGUUCGAUCCCAUCCUCUUGUCAAGUAUUCAAGACAUUACUCCUUCCUAUUUCUUCACCACUCGCCGUUGACCUCAACGAUCAAGACCUCUGGCUCAAAUGGGACUCACCGGAUUGCAAAGAUUGUGAGGGUAAUCGUUCGAUGUGUGGUUUCAAAAACAAGACUAGUCUCGAAGUCAAAUGCUUUAAAUCUGGUAAAAAAAUAUUCUCGUAUCCUUCACAUGAACAUGUAGCUUCAAAUGCAAGGAAUCGUUGA